AUGGAUUUGAUAAAUAUUGGCAAAGAGGCACGGAAAACGGGAUUUAAGCCUCGAGAAGGUCUACCCAGAGAUCAGCAUGAUAUGGAAGACAUCGAUGAGUUCUUUGCAGAUGGCAAUUCCUCCGAUGCCAUCGCUGGGACAGGGCUGUCAACUACGAGGCAUAAGAGUAAGCAAAGGCGAGAAUUCAGUCAUGAAUCAGACAGUGAAGCUGAUUCAUCUAUUCAUCAAGCAAUGUUCAAGAGCUCGGACGAGCGAAGGUUAUCGCCAAAACGUGAAUCUCAACACUCACAUAAAACUACCGAGAAAAACGUAUCAAACAAGGAAACCAGUCUGUCAAUGAUACACUCCGACAACUCUCAUUAUGAUGCACUUUCGGAUGCUGGGGAGGAUGCCGAAGCGUCGAGUGCGCUAACUUCUCAUCGUGAAGCACUAUUUACAAAAAAAUUGGCUAGCAAUCGAGAUUCCACCAAUAAAGUUCUCCGACAUCUACCUUCCACUCAAGAAUUUGACAAUUAUGAUGAAAGUGAAAAUCUUGAAGCAUUUAUGGAUGAUCAAAUCCCUCAAAAACCCAGUGAUAUGCUCGAGGAGGAGGGUGGUAACGAUGGAACUGAGCAGUUGACCGCAAUAGUUCAGUAUGAUGUACCACUUGCUUCGUCUGACGAGACUGAGGCAUCUGAUGACGACUACUACGUGUCACCGCAAGAACGGUGUGACAAAACUGGACUAGAUGGAUUGACCUCACUGCUACCUUCACCUCCACCAGAAUCAAAGAAAUUAAGAAGGUCCAAAAGAACAAGAGUUAAACCACUAGACUUCUGGAAGAAUGAAAGAAUCAUUUAUACUAGGGCUGAUGAAGACUUUUCGCAAGGGAAGGACAACAGUCUUAUUAAUGAUCUUCGAAAGAUCCCACUUCAAGAAAUUACUGAGAUUAUUCAUGUCAAAGACCCUGAGCCUAAAACCAAGAAAAGAAAAAUUAGAGCAAAUGCGAAGAAAAAAGCAAUUUCACCUAAAAUACCCUCUUCUUCAGAGACUGACGAUUUUACGCCGCAAUGGUUUCAAGAUGGUGCGAAGAGUGUAAAUGUCUACCUUGAAGAGGACAAAAAGGAACUACUUGAAGUAGCGUGGGCGCCUGAUGGCUACCAAUUUCAAAAUUCAGACAAGGCGAGUGUCUCGGAUCACUUCUCAGCCGCACCGAUCUACGAGUCUUCCUCUGGCAACGUAUCUGCUGGGCUCAUAGAGAUUCCUUGUGGAGGCUUCAAGGAUCGUCGAAGUUCGAGCGUGACAUCCAUCUUCCACGUAAUCGAUGGUCGCAUUGAAGUGGAAUUAAAUGAGGAUCGUUUUGUUGUUUUAAGCGGUUGCUCUUUUGUGACGCCAUUUUCAAAUGUCUACAGUUUAAGGAAUGUCGGUCUGGACACGGCGAGAAUAUUUUUCACCAGUUUCAAGGUUAGAUGA